AUGUCUGAAAUCAGAGGAGCUAAAAAGAGAAAACUCAGGGCAGAAGAUCGACCAGCACCUGCUGAGGAUGAAGAGAUCACCGAUCCUUCUUCGAAUGAAGAUGAGGGUUCAGUAGAUUUGGCUGAGGAGGAGCACGAUGAGGAGAUUCUGGAGUCUGAUGAAGAGUUUGAAGGAGAGAAUCCUGCUGACAAGAGAAGAAGAUUGGCCAAACAAUAUCUUGCGAACUUAAAAGAGGAUGCACAGACUGUGAUGGCUGAGAAGACUCUUGGAGAUGAUAAUGAGGACGGUGAGCAAAUGGUUGAUGACUACAACAACUUUGAUGCUCGUGCCAUGGAUGAGGAUAUUGUGGCAUCUAGGUUAAAGCAGGAUGUUGCUGAACAGCAGGGGCGUGUAUACCGAUUCAUUGCUGACAAGCUUUUACUGUCAGAAGCCAAGACCACUUUCUCGAGAGUUGGUGAGACUAAUUUGACUUGCAUAAGUUGCUACCAGCCUACGUUGAAUAAAUUUACUUAUGGUGAUGAUAAAGCAGGUUCAAAGAAUAAAGGAAGAGUUUUCGCCUACACGGUGAGCAAGUGUCUUCAAUUGACAAAGUACGAUAUCACGGAUUUCGACAAAAGGCCGAAGAAACUAAAAUAUUCAAAAGGUGGUUCGAAAUAUGUACCCAAGAACGCACAUGAGUAUGAAAAUACUACGGAGGGUCACUACGACGAUAUACUUACUGUGGCCGCUUCAUCAGAUGGGAAGUACGUGGUGACUGGAGGUAAGGAUAGAAAGCUAAUAAUAUGGAGUACGGAAUCUUUAUCACCUGUUAAAGUUUUACCGACUAAAGACAGGCGAGGAGAAGUUCUAUCGCUAACUUUCAGAAAAAACUCAGAUCAACUGUACGCAUCAUGCGCAGAUUUCAAGAUAAGGACAUAUUCGGUGAAGCAGUUUUCACAAUUAGAGACCCUUUUUGGUCAUCACGAUUUGGUUGCAGAUAUCUCUUCGUUGAGCUUGGAGAGAUGUGUCACGGUGGGAUCCAGAGAUAGGACAGCCAUGUUGUGGAAGAUUCCCGAUGAAACGAGAUUGACCUUCAGAGGUGGUGAUGACCCUGAGAGAUUGGCCAAAAAAUGGAUGAAAGAACACGCCACGGAAACUGAGGAUGGGGAAGUCGUAUAUCCUAAUGAAGCGGAAGUACCAGCAUUUUACAGUGAAGGAAGCAUUGAUGUCGUAAGCAUGGUUGAUGACUCACACUUUGUCACAGGUUCCGAUAAUGGUAACAUCUGUUUGUGGUCUCUGGCGAAAAAGAAGCCGGUUUUCACCCAGAGGAUCGCUCACGGUACAGCUCCAUUGCCCGAGUCGACAAAGAUCUCUGGUGAGUUAGACGAAGAGGUGAGAGAGAAGCAAUUAGCUGAGAAAAGACUAUCUCACCCUUACUGGAUCACAGCCAUUUACGCUAUACCAUACUCUAACAUCUUCGUUUCCGGUUCAUGGAACGGAGUGCUAAAAGUUUGGAAAAUUGCCGAAAACUUAAGAGGAUUUGAGUUACUAGGUGAUUUGAACAACUGCAAAGGUGUGGUGACCAAGAUCCAAGCCGUUGAAAGCGGUAAGCAUGGCAAGGAAACAUUCCGUGUCCUGGCAAGUGUCAGUAAAGAGCAUAGAUUAGGUAGAUGGAUUUCUAAAGUCCCCGGUGCAAGAAACGGUAUAUAUUCAGCCGUGAUCCAGCAAGGGAAUUUUUGA